AUGGCAUCCUUCGACAGUUCACAGGUUUUGGUUAUAUUCGUACUCGGUGGUCCAGGUGCAGGUAAAGGCACGCAGUGUGGAAGGCUAGUAGAGGAUUACAGCUUCUGUCAUUUGUCUGCGGGCGAUUUGCUCCGCGCAGAACAAGCCAGAGAAGGCAGUGAGGCUGGUGAACUGAUCAAGUCGUUCAUCAGGGAAGGUCGCAUUGUCCCAUCCUACGUCACACUUAAUCUGCUUAAAAACGCGAUGGACGAUGCCAUAACGCAUCGUAACACUACGCGCUUCCUCAUUGAUGGCUUCCCCAGACAGAUGGACCAGGCGUUGUCGUUCGACGAGCACAUCUGCAACUCCCGUUUCGUACUCUACCUCAAUUGCCCAGAGAGCACAAUGGAGGAGCGUCUCUUAAAGCGCUCGCAAACCUCAGGCAGAGACGACGAUAAUGUGGAGUCUAUCAGGAAGAGAUUCGCCACCUUCAUCAACACUUCGAUGCCGGUGAUUGAGCAUUACCAGAAAAUGGACAAGGUCGUCCAAGUAGACUGCACUGCUUCUGUAGAUGAUGUUUAUGCACGCGUCAAAGAGGCAGUCAAUAAGCAGAUAAGUUGA